CUAGCUGGAACUUUGCGGUUGAACUUCACCAGUUGAAGAAGAAACGUUGUAUUGCAUUUUGUGGCUCAGAUUCAGAAAAACGUUCUCUUCAGAGGGUUGAUUGGGAUCCAAGCAAGGGAGAAAAGAACAUCGAAGCAAGGGAGACCAACCCUAGUAGGUAGCAGCUUUCUGAUUGCCCUUGGUUUGAAGACAACGUGAAGGCAUAGCCUGCGAUGCAUGCUACCGAGUCGGGUCUGCUUGUGGAUCCACAAUGCUCGAAGCAGGUUGGUGUAAACUAACUCCAAAGCACGCCCAGAUGCGUUAGGCCAGCAGAUGGCCCUUAGCUACGAGGGCAUGGCGUUCCUCAAAGCCGCCAUUGAGGUGGUCCCUGGAGAGAAGCAGCCUCUGUAUAGCAAGCAGCGAGGCAGCUUCUCAGAGAGCCGCAUCUGCGCAGCCAACGGCAACAGUCACUCAGCUAAGCCUGUUGCAGGCACUGGAAAGCAGACUGGAGAGAGCGACUUUGUCCACCCUAGAUUGAAACCAGUGCAACUGUCAAGCCAGCAGAAUGUUGCAAAGAGCCCCAGUGAGGUCAGCCAUGCUUCAGCGGAGUCAUCUCUGGAGGUCCCUUCCAUCACCAGAGAAAGCCCUCUCAGUAGAAGCCCGCUAGACCAUAAUGUCAGUGCAGGGUUCGAUGGGUCAGACUUCGAGAGCUGCGCUGGUUCCCCUCAAGCUGCUGCCAGCUGGCGCUUGACUGCAGAAGAGGCCGGAGACACCCCCUGGGCCGGAGACACCCCGCGGUCAGUGGGCAGUUCCUUGUCGUCUGAGAGGGAGAGGCAGAUUGAGAGCCUGGAGGUACAGCUGGCCUCCAAGAGCAGCGAGAUUCAGCGGCUCGCGGACGUGUGCUCGGGCGCUGAGCUGGCGCUUGCCGAGCGGGACAAGGAGGCGGCGCACCUGGGGGCUUUGGCGAGGAAUCUCGAGGAGCAGAUCUUGGCCAAGAACGAAGUGCUGGAUCUUUCUCAGGAGCUGAUUGCGAGCCUGGAGGAGAGGCUGGUGGCUCUGGAAGUGCAAAGAGAGGCUCUGGAGGCGCGGGCGGGGGAGUACGGGAAGUGCUUGCUGGAGAUGCAGGAAGAACUAGAACGGGGGAGGAGAGAAUUGGAGGGUCUGCGAGAGGAAAAGGGAUCGACCUUGCGGAGAAGUGAGGAGCUAGAAAAGUUGGUGGGAUGUUUGGAGGGACAGGUGACAGAGAAGACCGAGGGGUGCGCAGUCUUGGAAGCCCGGUUGCAAGUGGCUGAAAGAGUGGCGGCCGGACGGGUUGGGGCGCUAACCGAGAAGAUAACCCGCCUGCAGACCGGGCUUGCCGAGAACGCGCGAGCGCUGAGGUGUGCGGAGGAGCUGACAGGGGAACUAAAGCGGCAGUUGCAAGAGAAAGAGGACGUAAUCAAGGAGAGCAAAGCACAGUGUGAACUGGUCCUGAAAGAAGGCAAUGCGGUGUGCGAACGAGCCCUGGAAGCCCAGGCGGAGAUUUUGCAAGCAACGGAGGCGCGUCUGAAAACGCUCGAGAGCGACGUUGAGAGAAAAGAUGGAAAUCUGGAGGCUGUGGGGGCCCAUGUGGCGGACCUGACGCGCCAGCUGGAAGAGCGGGAAGAGGAGUGUGAACGGGCGCAAGCUGGUGUAGAAAGGCUCCGGGGACAGCUGGCGGAUUCGCAGGCGAAGAACAAAACUCUGAGGAAGGCGCUAGAAGAAGAGAGCCAGAUUAGAAAAGCGGUUGAGGAAGAACUAGAGGCGAGGCGAUUGGUCCUAGGGGAGAAGGAGGCAGAGAUCUUGGAGCUGAGGGCAAAGCUGGCGGGGAACGCAAUGAGAGGCAGAGAAAGAGAGCGGUGCGAAUGUGUGGGGGUUCAGGUGGUGACAUCACCGGAGUCCUCUUGGGGCGAUGUUGAGGCCGCAAGUGCAAAAACUAUGGCGCUCGAUGCUGAGCACUUAGAGGAUACUGGAAGCAGCCAGGUCGAGACUUCCGAUGCCGAGAGUGUAGCCGACGCCGGUGAAGCGACAGUCGGCGAACUGACUCUUGCGGGUGUGGAGGGACAGGAAGAAGGCGGAUUGGCGCCGGCUGGUAAUGACGCGAGUGGUAUGACACAGCUUGAGUGUGAGCGCGGGGGCUGCGGAGCUCCUUCUGACAGCCACGUGGCAUUUGCGACCGAGGUAUUCCCAACACGUGCUGGAUUCACCUGGCAGAUCGCCUCCGUCUGCAAGGGAACAUGCCUGGAGUCACCUGCAACUGGUCUGCUGAAAGCCUUAGUGAAUGUAGUGAGUCGAAGGUGCUCCAAAGACAGUGAAACAGGUACGACUGCCCCUAGAGGUCUAAAGGCCCUGCUUACUAAUUGACAGUACCGCAUCUGUCGUCAACAGUGAAAACAAGAUGUGUCCAAGAUCGAGUUGGAAGUCAGUUCCUGUAAAGUAGGUCAUGAAGAGAAUGUAACAUCAGCGUCGAUCACAGAGUGGGCACGACCAAGCGUGGGUACCAGGUUCUCAGAAGAACUAGACCGAUGUAGUUCAGGACGCAGACUUUCGAUUGUCGUUUGCAACGUAUGUCUGAAGGGAGCUCAUCGCUUCGAUUAGUCGUAUCUGCAGCUUCAACUCGUGUUAACAAUGUUGCUCU